GGGCAGCGACUGGAACAAGACAAGUACAGUAACAUAUAAAUAGUGUUUAUUCUCAAAUCUGCAUGAUUUUCUUUUUCAGAAAUGCUGGAUAUUUCAAAUGUGAGGCUAUCAGCAGAAGAUGCAGCAUUCGACUGAACAAGCCUCUCCUUGAUUUACGGUCAAGGAAAGAUACAGUGGAAACGCUCCUGCAUGAAAUGAUCCACUACUACCAGCGUAUCAAUGGUACCCGCAUCUUAGACCAUGGGCCGGAAUUUCAGUAUCACAUGGAGCGUAUCAAUAGAGAAAGUGGAGCAGAUGUUACGAUCGAUCAUGAUUUCUAUGAUGAAUACGAGUCACUGAAGCGCCACAGUUGGAGAUGCAAUGGCCCCUGUGCACAAGUAGUGAGACGGGUAAUGGACAGGACUCCGUAUUCCAAGGGGCACAAGCGCGAAUGUGGAGGAGAGUUUAUAAAGAUCCAAGAGCCUGACGAUAGUCCUCCAAACAAGAGAAUGAGAUUGGACCAAUAGAGUCACUUUGGGAAUAUUAUAGAGACUUUGUCCUUGGCUAAUAUGCUGCUAACAACUGUUUUGCCAGAAUAUAAGGCAGUGGCACAAAAAUGGCCAAGUUCUCAGCUGCUGAAAAGAAGAGGCUGAUAUCCAGAUAGGCCUCAUGACUGAC